AUGCAUGAUUAUGUUAUUCCUGAACCAAAAGAUGACUACGAAAUGUGGGAAUCAUGUUUGGCUGCUCAGGAUGAACAAGAAAAUCAAUUCAGACUCUUUCUUAUCACAAUAAAAAAGCUAUUAUCACAAGUAACUUCAAAAAAGAAACUCAACCCACCUAUUGAAAACAAAACUGGUCAUUUCUUAGAUACCACUUUGCCGAAUUUGUGCAAAAGACUUGUAAAUCAAGCUGCAUGGCAGACAAAUCAACAAAUCGUAUGUCAAAUUCUUGAGCAAUCAUAUCUUACUAUCCAGAUUGCAAUUAACUCACUCGAACCAAAGCAGGUUAUUCCACUUUUGCUACUCUUAAAUCCAAAUGUUCCAUUUUUCAUUGAAACAAAAACAGGAUUCAAAGUAAACAAAUCCAAAAAAUACAAGGAAAUAGUUGAUACAUUUAUUCGCAAGAAUGGAAUUGACUCUGUUUGUCAUUUUAUAAAUUCGAAUCCUACUAUUUGCCCAAUUGAUGUAUAUUGCGGCUAUUUUACGCUAGUAAUACUAUUUAAGGAUGUAGUAGAUAUGGAUGAUCCUAUGAAAGUAAUUAAACCUAUUGAAUUCUUUUUAGAAAAUCUUAAAUUCUUCACACAACAGAGCAGAUCGUCCAAUAGAGACACAUUUAGUUACGUUAUAAAUACAGUUCUCAAGAUAUCACUCUCAAAUCAAGGCUUAUGCAACAAAUAUGUCGAUCAAUUAAUAAGCAUCGCUACAGAGCAUAUUAACUCCGAUAAUUUGGAGAAAAAUAUGAUUGGUAUUAGUAUUCUUACAGAAAUUAUUGAAUCCGUUCGUUCUUCGUCGUUUUUAUUUGAUCCAAAUCUCGUAUUACAGAAAAUUCUCGAUAAAGACUUACACCAACAAGUUAUUCCGAAGCUUACACCACUUUUUGUCGAAUUGGCCAAAGCCGAGAAGCUCACAAUUGAUCUAUUAAUGAUUCUUUGGGAAAAAACAAAAACUGCUCACUUUUCUGUCCAAAACUUGUAUUCAGACCUUCUUGGCGAGUCCCUAGGAACUGUUAACUAUCAGACUUUUAAAGAUUGGCAGUACCAAAUCGUUCACAAUCCGAAUAUAAAUAAAAUUAUUUUCAAAGUUCUUCUGAAAUGUGCAUGUACGUCAGCAGAUGAGAAUGUUGUUAGACUUGCCUUGCAAACAUUGUUCAAAUAUGUUGAUAAUAAAGAACUUGUUGCAGCAAUAAUCAAAGAUUACGAUGAAUUAAAGAACAAAAAGAUCCAGAAGCUCUCUUUCUUCUUUAUCAUGGAUGCGAUAAGGGAAAACAAUAAUAAUGUUGAGCUUUUCAAGCUUCUAUCCACGAAUCUUAAAAGAUUCAAAGAAAAUUCAUAUACGUUAGACAUCAUGGAGAUUGCUAAAUACAUCAAAGAUAAUCCUGAUGACGAAAACUUGUACUAUGUAUUCAAAACAGCCAUUGAAAUUAAAAAAAUUAAAAUUCCAGCACAAGCAAUCUCUUUUUUGUUCAACAAACCCACUGAAAUAUUAUGGAAGACCAUCAACUAUUUGUUAUCGCAGAGCGGAUUGAAUGCUUUCGAAGAAGAAUCUUAUCAAGAAAUAGAAUCUAACUUAAACAAGCUUCCGGAGCUUCCAAGGACUGUAGAGUUCAUGCAGUUCCUUAAGAACUACAUUAUAUUGCUUGGUGUUGAGAAAAGAACGAUUGAUUGUUCAAAACAACCAGGAUCAAUUCCGAAAAAGUUCAAAUUGAACCAGAUUGAUACUCCUGGAUUCUCUUUCUUAUGGAGAGCGUUUGAUGAAGAGAAAACAUCAAGUACUUUAGUACAAUCAACAAUUAUUUCUUUAAUUGAAGUUGUUGACAUUUUGGCAGCACCCAGUGUAUUGCAUUUUAUCAUGAAUAUGAUUAGAAAAUCAACUGGGCUUAAAAGAGAACGAUAUUUGUGUCUUUUGUAUAAAUUUAUUCAAAAUUAUGAAAAAGGAACGAUAUUAUCGAACUACGGAUACAUAAGACAUAAAGAUCUGGUUAUUCCAAGCUCAAGGAGAUCUUGUUUGUAUAUAAUGAGCGACAAUAUGUCGAAUCCAAUAAUAUUUUCAACAGAAAACAAGCCAAGUAUCGAAUAUAUUCUUCUGAAAUUCACUUCUUAUUAUGGGGUUGGUAUAAAGAAGGCCGAAUUUUACUAUAAUCAGCAGAAAUUAGCAGUAAGUAAAUCAUUAUCCGAAUAUUACAUCCCGAACAACGCAAUACUGCUAGCAAAUAAUCUUGAUUUCACAUAUACCAGGCCAGAAGCCUAUCUUCCUUCAGCAGUUCUCUUCCAUGAGAGAAAUUAUAGCAUUUUUUACGAGAUUUUGCGCCAAGAACAUUCUCAAAAGGAGUGUGAGAUCAUAAAAGGAAUUUUGCAAGACAUCCCAAGCGAUCCCAACCUUAUUGAUAAAAUUUAUUCAAAUAUAUCUUCAGUCGUUUCGACUCUCUCCAGCGAACAUAACCCUGUUAUUGCGAAUUACAUCCUUGAGUGCUUGAUAUUGCCGUCGUACAAUCCACAAAUUAUGCAGCAGUUUAUCCAAUAUAAUGGAAUUCCUGUAGUUUUUAAUAAAUUACAGGACAUAGAGUUUAUAGAUUUAGCAUCUCCAUGGUUUAUUAUCCUUUCUAAUCUACCUCCGGAGAUUAUUGGACCAUUUGCAAUUCAAAUUUUAAAUUUCAUCUGCGGAAAUUUGACGAAAUUCCAAAUUGAAGCCAAAAACGAAUCUAUUACAUUUUUGAUGAAGCUCAAUCCCGAAAUUGCCAAAGAAAUCAUCAUGAAAAACCAAGAUUUAAUUGUAGAAAUUAUUUCGAACCUUACGAACAAUCCAUUGACCUAUUUCACCAGAUACUUAUUAAGUCUUGAUAUCCCUGACUUUUUAGUAUCAAUUUGUGUCCCACAACUGAAAAACAACAAAGAUCCUUCUCAUUUCAUCCAACUCUUUGUAGAAUCAGUUGCCAAUGCAUCGAGUAACGACAUUCACCAUAUGCUUGAUCUCUGCUUCUCUUUGGUCGAUAAAUAUGCAACAAGUGACCAAAUAUCGAAUACAAUUUCAAAACUAUUUCUUAAAGCCAUGAAAACCCCAGAAAACUUAACUUUCUUGCUUCCUAAGAUAUUCGAUACCGUAAAGAAAGCGAAAUCCCAGAAAACAAGAGAAGUUUUAUUAUCUGCUCUGACAAACGUUGAAAUUCCACCAAUAGAAUCAUUCACAACGCCAAUCAGACAGUUUGUCUCAGAAUUUACCAACAGAUACUUCGACAGAUACAGUUUUUCACCAAAUUCCGAAAACAGAUCUCAAUAUGGAUCAGGAUUACGGAACUUAGGAGCCACUUGCUAUGCAAAUAGUACUUUGCAGCAAUUAUUCCACCUAUCUCCAUUCCUUACUAUGCUAUUCCAAGAAAAUUUGACAAAUGAUGCAUUGAUUUCACUGAAAUAUCUAUUCCACGCCAUGCUUAUUAGUCAAAGACAGUAUUGCGACCCAGAGCCCUUCAUGACUAAGCUCAAAGCACCGGGUGGAGGAAAAAUUGAUUUCAGUGAAGAACAAGAUGCGUCAGAAUUCGUUUCCAACUUGAUUUCGCAGUUCCCGAAGCCAUUGUCCACAUUGUUUACAGGCAGAAACAGGAAUGUUUUUGAGAACAAAGACGAAAAUCAACGGAUAGAAAAUCUAGAAGAUUUUACAACUUUGUCAUUAAGUGUUCAAUCAUCAGAUUCAGUCCAAGACUCUCUUAAACAGACAACAAUGCCUGAAUACAUGAUGUACAAUUGCGAGAACAUUGGCAAAUCAAUACAAAUGGAGAGAACAACGUGGAUUGACGAAGCUCCUCCUGUUUUGAUCAUUUCUUUGAAAAGAUUCGAAUUCGAUGUCAGUAAUUUCACUAGGAUAAAGAUAAACAAACACGUGGAAAUCCCUGAAACACUGUCUAUCAAAGAAGUGAUGUAUAAUAAUGAAAAUCUCGACGAUAACGAUUAUAUUUACAAUUUAUUUGGCAUGGUUUUACACACAGGAAAUGUCAAUUCCGGGCAUUAUUUCUCUAUCAUCAAAAUGGAGAAAGAUGAUGAGGAACUGUGGGUGAAAUACAAUGACACUGAAGUAGAUAAGAUCAAGACAGAAAAAGCAUUUAAUGACGCUUGUGGCCAGAAAUCGAAAUCUCAACAAGAAAAUAAUACUUCCGCUUAUUUGUUGUUUUACAUCAAACAAAAGUCAGAUUUUAAAUUUGUUGAUGUGAAUGAAAACAAGGAAAUAUGCAACCCAGAGAUAGUCUCGAGAAUAGAAGAUGA